AUGAGAACACAGCCUUAUGACCUGGCCACCAUUACCAAGGACGGUGUUGAGAUCCGCUCUUCAAUAGUCUCCAAGAACAACUGGGAAAUAGCUCACAUGAUCAAGAAAAUAUUCUGUGAUACCAGUAAAGAACUAGCAAGUGAAUGGAACAACAGCCGAGCUGAGGAGGAGAAGUAUGUGCAAGAAAUAUUCGAUGGCCUUGUGCAGAGGUUUGAGGAGCCAAGGUCCAAUAACCACUGGGAUAGUCCGCUGUUUGUAAUUCAGAAGGACGAUGUGUUGCCAUUGGAUGCGAUUUCAGAUGCUCUGUUGAAAAAGAAGGCUCCUGCCCCCAAUGCCUCCACGGCACCACUUCAGUACACGCGACCUUCGACCCUUGCCGAGCUUCAGAGGUUGCGACGUACAUGA